AUGCCGCGGCUCAUGCUCGAGGCCGUGCCCGUAGCAAGAUCGCUAGCUACACUUCCGAUCGAAGUUCAAUGCAACAUCAUUGCUCACCUUCCCAUCGCCAGCCUGUUGAAGUUCGCCCGCACCAGCCAUCACAACCACAAGCUUGCCAAAACCGUGCUCAAGACACUCCACGUUGCGGUGUUUUCGAAGAAAGUCCACGGUGUCCUGGCAUACCUCAAUGUGGUGGAUCAGAUCGGUUCCGCCUCAUCUCCGCAAUUUGAUGAACCUGGUCUAGAUUGGGUCAACGUGACUGCGUGUAUUCCAGAGACGGCGAAGACGACCUCGCCACUGGGCAGCCCUGCUCGGAAGCGGCUACGACGGACCAGGAGAAGAAACGACGAGCCUGCAGCUACUGCGAGACGACAUGCCCCAUCAUUGCCUCCAGUGAUCUCGCCACAGGCCCACCGAGAAGCUCAGAUUCACCAACAGAACGCGCAGCUGACACGAAUCCUCUCCUCCUCGUGCCUGAGUAACCUUAUUACGCUAACGAUCCACACAUACGCACUGCUAUCACCAUCUCUGGCCGCAACGCUUUCAACGCAACUUCCACAUCUCCGGCACCUGUACUUGAACUUCUGCCAUCCAGCCAUCCACGAUUCUUCGCUUCCCUCGUUCUACUGGUCGAAUUGUCCCAGCCUCGAAAAAGAAGGCAGCACGGCAUGGAAUUUGCUGAGUGGCAUCGGAAGUAACGCUUGCAACAAGCGUGGACGUCGCAGCGGCGGCAGUAAUGGCAGCGAACCGACAUCGCUGCACAGCCUGACCCUGAAACGGGCUGCGAUCACGAGUCUGCAACUCAGGAAAUGGAUCGAGCUGAAUCCAGAACUACAGACUCUGAAACUUGCACUCGUCACUGGCGUCGAUCGGGACUUCGUCGAGGGCCUGGGAAGAUCUUGCUUAGUUCGGAACACUCCGCAUGUGUCUUCAUCCUCGCGAAGCAAGGCUACGACCACACAGCAGCAUCAACCACCUAAAGGUCUCACCACACUACUUUUCGAAUCGUGCACCAAUCUGUCCCUAUCCUCGCGCUGCGAUUUUGCCUGGCUGGAAGCGCUCGUGAUUUCGGGUGGACUUAACUACAUCUCGUUCAAAGAUUGCCCGAACGUCGAUCUCCAGGCCUUGAGAGCUGUCUGUGAGGAGCGUGGCUGGGUGAAUUCAGACCGGAGCAAUGGUGGUUUGCUCAUCGAAGAACUGCAGGGUCCUAGCAGUGCAGAUGAGAGGUUAGAGACCAGAAGUUUGGGUCAAGUCGAGAGUGGCCAGACCGAGGGCGCCGAUGGGUCUGCUGCCAGUGGUAGAGGCGGAAAGAGCAUAGCGUGCGGUGGAGUGAUUGAUGUUGAUCCUAUGUGGGAUAAGAAGGGCCAUGAUUCGAAGGCGGAUGAGGUCUAA